AUGGUGUUCCUCGGAUAUCUUCUCCCGGCACCAGCCUCCAUCUUUGCCACUGUUGUCUCUGUCUCCAACAUCCGGGCUACUCCACAUGACGGUCUUUCUGCCCGCAGCAGUCCACCGGCAUAUGUGGCCAACAAGAUCUCGUGGGACCCAGGCGAUGACGGUGACCAUACAUUCUGCAAAUGGGAAGGCCCUGGUCUAGUUGGCAUUGACGACCCUGACUGCGAGCUCAAAGUCGCAGACUGCUCGUUCCUCAGCCUCGGGUUCCAGACUGGCUUCCUCCACCCCAAGGGCACUUGGUUCCAGGUCAACCGCCAGUUCACUCAAAGUGUCUCCAACCUCACCCAGAUUGCCAGCUAUGGCACCUGUUCGAUCUUGGUUGCUCUUCUGAAUGGGCCUUCUGCCUCUGUAUCUGUACUGGACAUUACGGCAAAAUUCAGCAAGAACACCACCGAUCUACGUCCCAGCUACGGCCAGAUGCAGUGCCCAGUGCUGCCCGAUUUCGGGGACAAAACUCCUAAUAGUGUGGCAUGGGUGAUUGGCUGUCCAAAGGCCGGUGUCCCUGUGACAACUCUUCCGGGCAUAGUCAAGAGUUAG